GACGUCACCGCGUCCUUGCGUGCCCCCUUUGCCACGUCCCUGCUUGAAGGUUAGGCCCCUCCCGUGCGGCUCGAAUCCGGAAAGGAAGCCGCUGAAGAGCUUCCCUUUGCGGAGUACCAACUGAGCCCUCCUCUUGCCAUGAUUCUUGAUGACACACCGUUGUUUGAUCCGAUCAUGUUACAUGACCUGGAUUGGAGCCAGAAUAUGGUGAAAUUUUCUCCUGAAAUUUCUCCUCUGAACCCUGGGGAUGGAUUAAUUAUGAGGCCUCUCUGUACUGCUGACUUCAAUAGAGGUCUCUUCAAGGUACUUGCACAGUUAACAAAAGUAGACCAAGUUGCACCUGAAAUAUUUAUCAAAAAGUUUGAGCACAUGAAACAAACUGGAGAUUAUUAUACCGUUGUCAUUGAAGACACACAUCUUGGACAGGUUAUUGCUACAGCAACGCUAAUAAUUGAACAUAAAUUUAUACAUUCUUGUGCAAAGCGAGGGAGAAUAGAAGAGGUUGUCGUGAGUGAUGAAUGCAGAGGAAAGCAACUUGGGAAACUGUUAGUUUCAGCCCUCACACUUCUCAGCAAGAAACUCAACUGUUACAAAAUUACAUUAGAGUGCCUACCAAAGAAUGAAGCCUUCUAUCAAAAGUUUGGAUAUAAAGCUACAGAAGAAGUGUACAUGCAGUGCAGAUUUUUCGACUGAAAUUUACUUAAUCAGUUGCUUAUUUUUGUUUCUCAAAAGAUGUUGGAGAUCUGGCUGUAUUAUUGCUGUUCUGAUCUAUUACUGCAAGAUUGCAUAUAGAAUACUCUGGCAUAAAUGGCCUAUUUUCUGCUUAUUUUGGUGGUAACAGGAUGUAGUUGAAAUUUAAGAGAUUUUUUUCCUCAGACUGAGCAGUUCUGUGGGUGAGGGGAAAACUGCAGCAUAGUUCAUGUUAUUAAAUUUUAACUGAGGGCAAUCUAGAGCACUGUAUCUAUGAGGGAGUAUUGUUUUACUUAGAAACUGAAGAUAGAAAGAAUUUUAACCAAAGUACUUUUUGUCUAGCUCCAAAACCUUUUGUCUUGAUUUUAAGUAGAACUCGGAGCAGGACAUUUCUAUGCAUUAAUUUCUGUUUAGUCACUUAACUGGUAAUUAUGUCUGCCGUGAUGCUCCACCUGCAACGUUAAACUAAGGAUGCAGUUAUGCUGUCACUUGGAAGUAAUUCCACUUUCAUUAAAUGUAAAAGUUGCAGGAAACCUUGGAGCAGAAACUUGAUUGGUCUUAGUUGCAGUAGUGUCAGUGUCUUAGGUUUUCAGUGCUUGGGCUUUAUGGCACUUUCCAAGUUGAAACGGAGAUAUUAAAAAUACUUGUGUGGCUGCUCCCAAUUGCUGCUUUAAAUGAGUUGUGGAGUUUUGUGAAAUCCUGACUUGGACCUCUCUUGUAGGAACAAUACAAUAUCAAACAGCCCACAAGGUAAGAGCCAGUGUUCUGUUAAUGGUCUGGGGUAGCUUGCUGCAAUGUAACUAAAUCUAAGUAUUAUGACUCUAGGUCAUGUGACUUAUGUGGUUUAAUUAACUUAAAAUUGGAUAAUUCCAAAGCGCAUUUAUCUAACUUACAGAAUGUUAAUAUUUUUGUUUAAGUAUGUAUAAAUGAAGAUAAACUGCUUGUACGGUGGGUGUUAACAGAUUUUACUCACUAUCUCAGAUCUUAGUCUUCAUGGUUAACAUUGCAGAUAAAUCUACUAUUUUCAGCCAGUUUAUGGGAGUAUCACCCUUGUCUGCUAUGCAUUAUGGGAGUUGUUUGUUUGUUUGUUUGUGAUAACUUCUUAUUUUAGUUUGUAGAGUUGUAGCUAAAUACAAUUAAUUUAUGACUUAGCAAACUGGUUCAUUUGAGAGGGCUCCUUAAAUUUAAAUAUUAUUCCUGAAUUUAUCCCUGCUGAAUUUUAAGACUGUCUACUAUGCCAAUGAUGGCUAAAUAUCUAACAAAUUUAAGUUUAAAAGUUAGGAUAUAUAUUAAAAAAUUCCAAUAGGGAUGCGGGAAAUGAAUAGUAAUCACCAUUUGAUUACUGUGACAAUUUACAUAUACUUAAAGUCAAACUUAGAACCGGAGAUUUGGUAUAUAUUGUAUAUAGUUUAGUCAAAGACAGCACUGCUUCCUUAUAGGAAAGGUAAAUUCUAGUGCAAAAGAUGCAGUUAAGUAAAAUUUAAUAUUCUGAAGGAAUUUGCUUUACAAAAGAUUGUAUAUUUUCACCCUUUUAAGAGUUUUGUCUAAACUAUUGAGUUUUAGUUUUAUAUUACAGCAUAAGAGCUGAUAUUUGUAGAAACUUAGUUUACUAUUGAUGUGGGUACAUUGUACCAUUUCUCACCACCCAUAUAAUAGAUAAAAAGAAUUGCUGUAUACUGGAUCUGUCAUUUUGUUGUUUAGGUGCUAUAAUUUAUAGGACCAAGAUGGUAAAUGCCAACAUGUAAGUUCAAUAUUUCAACUUCUGUUUACUGUACUGACUACUUUGUUAAAAAUCAACACCCAUCUUUGGGCCCAAAAAUUACACUUGUAUUAUGCAUUUUUUAAAAAAAAAAUGAACUACAUGAACUAUACAAAAAAAAACAUGGUGCUUUUUAUUUGAAUUACAGCUGCUUUUAAGUCGUC